GUCCGUCUCUUGGCCACGAAGAAUCAUUUUUCUUCUCUGGGAGGGUGAACAUUUAUAGCAUUCAUUUCCCAGAUCUGGCAACAUGGCAGAAUAUAUCAGUAUAGCGAAAGCUAACAAGGAACUCAAGGUCGUAAUGGACCAGAACCAGACCAGUGGCCCCAUGGAGGUUCAGCCCUACAUCCUAAAGCCGUUUGGGAGGCCGUUCUUGCCAAAAACCUUUGGAGAGUCCACUGUCAACAAUGUGCAGCAAGUGGUAAUUGGUAUGCCUCAGAGACUGGCAACAUCAAACAUCCUUGUGGUAGGCAGCCCAAACCCACCCAGCACUCAUUUUGCCUCUCAGAACCAGCCUUCCAACUCCUCACCUUGGUUGGCCAGGCAACGCUGCAAGAAAGUAGAGAAGGAUGGCAUAGGCCUGCAACAUUUCUCCAUGAAGGUCUGGGAGAAGGUGCAGAAGAAAGGGACCACUUCCUCUAAGGAAGUGGUGGGUGAGCUGGUCACCGAGUUCAAAGCUGCCAACAACCACCUCCCACCACACGAGAUAGCUUGUGACCUGAAGAACAUAAAACGGCGCGUCUAUGAUGCCUUAAACGUGCUGAUGGCCAUGAACAUCAUCUCCAGGGAGGGGAAGAUGAUCAAGUGGAUUGGUCUGAUUGGUCUGUCCACCACCUCGGCUCAGGACUAUCAAAGCUUACAAGUGGAAAAAGAGAAAAGACUUGAAAGAAUAAAGGAGAAAGAAUCUCGACUUCAACAACUUAUUCUACAGCAAAUUGCCUUCAAGAACCUGGUGCAGAAAAACCGGUAUGCAGAGGAACAGGGCAGCCAGCAGCUGCCGCCCAGCUCAGUCAUCCACCUGCCCUUUGUGAUUGUCAGCACCAGCAAGAAUAGCGUCAUCAACUGCAGCAUCUCCAACGACGGAUUUGAUUAUCUGUUUCAUUUUGAAAACCCAUUUGAAGUCCACGAUUACACAGAAGUGCUGCAAUGGAUGGGCAUGACUUUCGGGCUAGAGUCUGGGAUCUGUUCUGCCAAAGACCUUAAAAUGGCCAGAAGUUUGGUCCCAAAGGCUCUGGAGCCAUAUGUGACAAAAAUGGCUAACGGAACUUUUGGAGAUAUGUUCACGAUGUCAGGUUCCACGUCUAAUGACAUGCAGCUCUCUGCCAGUGAUCUGACCAACACUGUAGAUGGGAUGCUGGCCACAAGCUCCAGUGGGAUUCAGUGCAGUGGCUUCAGGGUGGAGACCCCUGUGGUUGAGGAGGAGGAGGAUGACAGCAAGAAUAAUGAUUUCAAUGAUGAUGACAAGUAUGACUGACGUUCUCUCCCCUUCAAAUUUAGCUUCAGUAAAACAUUUAGGACAUUUAGGGAAAAGAAACUUUUUUUUUUUUAAUGUGAGGUUUUCUGUUUCUUUUUGGCCUAUGCCCAAGAAGAUAUUGGUAAGCUAUGGAAUUUAGAUAGGCACCUCUGAUAAGCAAGGAUUGUUUCCUGUAUGAUUAAGAUGUGUAUGAUUAAGAUGGGUGUUUUCAUACCAGUGUGCUGACAUAGAGCCUUUAUUUAAUUUUUAGGAUUUUGUGUUUCCAUUUUCUAUUUUUCUUUAAAUGCAGAGUUCAUUGUUGCCCCUUAACAGUUUUUGCUGUUUGCUG